UUGGGUAAACUGUCAUCACUAGUGCUCACAUAACCCUCUGCGGCAUUUACCAGUUAAAAGAACACAACCAAAUACAGAAUGCAAGUCACACGUCUUGUGUUGCGUCAACUUCGUCGCCAAAUCAACAUACAGCGUCAAUACAGCGCUGCUGCCCCCGCCGCUGCUCCCUCUGCCGGGUCAGCCGAGAAACUCGUACCACCCGCUCCAGAGGGCGCUGCAAAGCCACCAAAUGCCAAGCUCGAUAAUAUUGUGAAUAAUAUUGCGAUGCUCAAUUUGCUCGAGGUGGCCGAGCUGAGUACACUGCUCAAACAGAAGCUAAAUCUGCCCGAGGCAGCAUUUGCAGCGCAGAUCGCUGUUGCGCCACGAGGAGCUGCUGAGGAUGAGGAGGAGGCGGCUCCCAAAAAGGUGCAAACUUCGUUCAAGGUGAAAAUGGUUAAAUUCGAUGAGAAACAAAAGGUGGCGCUCAUCAAGGAGGUGAAGAAUCUGCUCGAAGGCAUGAAUCUGGUGCAGGCCAAGAAAUUUGUGGAAAGUGCUCCGACAAUUGUCAAGGAGGAUAUCCCCAAAGAGGAGGCCGAGAAACUGAAGGAAGCGUUGACAAAGGCGGGCGCUAUUAUUGAAAUUGAAUAAGCUACAUCAUUUUUGAUAUAUAUAAAUAAUUGUAAUUCAAAAUCUAGCAGAGCGAUUUGCUGUAAAUUUAAUUAAAAGAAUCAAGCACUGCAAUUUGCUGUAAAGUUAACGGUAAAUGAUAAACAAA